AUGUCUCCUGCGUUGAGGAAUGUGGUUGUUGUUGGGGGGAGUUAUGUGGGCUUGGGGACGGCGAGGGAGUUGAUGAAGAUUGUGCCUGCGUCGCAUCGGGUGUUGCUUGUGGAGCCGCAUUCUCAUUUUAAUCAUAUUUUCACAUUCCCUCGAUUUGCGAUCCUCCCAGGCCACGAACAGAAGGCCUUCGUCCCAUAUACCGCAGUCUUCAACUCGUCAACCCGGCAUGCCCUCAUCACAGCUCGCGCCACCAGCGUUCACAAAGACCACAUCUCCAUCUCCGCUCCCUUCGAAGGCACCCAGAACCUCUCAUACGACUACCUGGUCAUCGCAACAGGGACUCUUCUCGCAGCGCCUUCCAUGAUGCCCUUCGACACCAAGACUCCCUCGGUUAAGUAUAUCCAGAACUACCAACGCCAGAUCGAGGCUGCAGAGACUUUGACGAUUGUAGGCGGUGGUGCGGUGGGCGUGCAGAUGGCGCUGGAUGUGAGGGAACUGUAUCCCAACAAGGAGGUGGUGCUCGUGCAGUCGAGGGAGAAGUUGAUGCCGGUUUAUCACGAGGGGCUGGACCGACUCCUCCGCGAGACUUUCGAGAAGCAAAACAUUCGAGUGGUUUCCGGGGCGAGAGCUGUCGUUCCAGAAGGCGGCUUCCCCAAGGAAGCGUCAAGUGAGGGAUUCACGCUCCACUUGAAUAAUGGCGACAGUCUCAAGACGAACUUCGUCGUCCCCGCCACGGGCCAGAAACCCAAUAAUCAACUGAUCCAGACUCUCCCGGCCACAGAUUCUGCCAAGGGACUCAUCAACCAAAAGAAUGGUUUCCUCCGCGUCAGGAAAACUCUCCAACUCGACGACCCAGCUUACACGAACAUCUUCGCGGUAGGCGACAUCGCAGACUCAGGGGCGCAUAAAGCCGCGAGGCCGGGUUCGAUGCAGGCGGGCGUUGUAGCCAGGAAUCUUGUGGAGAUGAUUGAGGGGAAGGAGGCGAAGGAGGAGUAUACACCGGGUCCUGCUGGGAUACAUUUGAGCUUGGGGUUGAAACGAAACAUUAUCUUCCGCAAUCCGAAUGUGGCGGAGGGAGAGACGGAGCCGACUGUUACGGAGAAGUUUGAUGGACAAGACGACCUCUCGGCAGGAAAUAUGUGGACGAGGCUGAAUGUUUCCAUGGCGGAGGAGCGAGCUGCGAUUUAG